CAAAUUUCGGCUGAAUCAUCUUGAGUACACCAUUGAAGGCAUUUUUAUAUGACGAGUCGGAUGGAUAUCGUGGCGAACGAGGCGAACGAGGCGAGCGAGGCGAGCGGGGACAGUGGACCUGACGUCUUCUUGGGCGAGCGACGACCACGAGGACUCGGAGAGGCCCUUGAUCCUAGAGGCUUCUUUUCGGUCGACCCAGUUACCUUCACCGGAAUCACAAGAGUUUUUCGAGUAGCAUAUCGAGCAGCAGGUAGGCACAAGCGGGACACCAAGUCGGGGGAGGCGGGAGGGGAGCGGAGGGGGACACAUCUCUGUUGACCUGUUCGAUCCAGAAACGGUUGCGCGCGCCAAUCCGGAGCUUAUGGAGUACCUGGCGAUGCAGGACGCCAUGCAAGGUGUGCACACGUACGACGCCAGUGUACUCAUAUCACGGUGUGUGUUGCCGUCUGUCGUCAUGGCAUCAGAGUCUCGGGGCCGCAUUGAGGAAGUGUUGUCGUUGAAGGGAUCACAGGGUCACUUUCAUGCCAAAUUGAAAUCGUCCAUCAAGUGUUCCUGUAGUAUAUUGUAUGCUUCUGCAUGUUCAGAUGGUCAUAAGAAGGGCCGCGAGCCCUCAGAGGGCAGUGUGUCAGGAGGGCAGCGGACGCCCACUCUGCCGCCAUUUAUGUCAAACCUGAGAAUGCCCGACCUUUCAGGUGAGACGAUACUCCACGCCAAUAGAUAACCUAUGGUUUGUGUGUGUUUGCAUGCGCACAGCCAUCUACAGAGAGGAGUUUGGAGAGGCGGCUUCACCGACCACCCCGCCCUGCACAGCGCAACCGCCUUUGCUCGCCCUGCCCUUCCGGCCGAGCGGCUCCCCCACACCGAUCCCCUCCUCGCCCCUCAUCCAGCCCGCCUCGCCGGCCCACAGCCAAGCGGCAUCCGGUGCGUCGACCCCACGGAGCGGAAGACGUCUGGUGCCACCUCCCCCAAUGACGUGGUGGCAGCGACUGUGGGCAUUCAUCUGGGCGCUGCCCGCUCGGCUGUGCGGCUGCUGUCGGCAACUAUGGAACCAAAUGUGCUCCUGGGUCUGCGGCUGUGUUGGAAACAAGAAGAGCUAUUGAGGCCUCUGCGCAUGUCGUUGUCGCGUCUCGUUGGUCAGCCUUUUGCUGGCCAUUUGAGGCAGCGGCGUAUCGGUGGGAAGGGAGAGUGUGUGUAUGAUGGGACGCACUGAUUUUAUGCUGCGGUCUUCCAACCAUCCCUUCUGUAUUUCUCGGUCAAGCGGAGGUGCUGGUUGGCUCUGUCGACACUGAUUGUGGCCUUGUUUGGUAAGGUUUCCCGUGUGACAGACAGCUUUGGCGAUUGAGGAUUUAAGUUCUGAAGUGCACUCUAUUUAUGAAGUCCAUGUCCUCCAUCCUUCUAGCGAUCCACCAUCACUCACCCUAUGUGAUCAUGAUGACGUGUACAUUCACGCGUGAGAUAGUGAAUGUUGUUCUCCGUCUGACAUGCAAUCACACUCAGCGACGAGCCGACGACCGUCAGCCCGUCGGAAAAACUAUCGGCUGAUCGUGGUGGGUGGACUGAUGUGUUGAUUGCCAUCGACGUAGCCGACCAAUCCGGUCAGUUGAUGGCAUGGGUGUGCAUGAGUCGGUUCAACGGAGAGGGGCGCAUGUCUCCUAC